AUGUUCACUACUGCUAUACACUUCACAUCUCUAUUGCAGAAAAGUUUACACUUACUGUAUGGGAAACCAAGUCCAUGUGUGGUUGCUAUAGUAACCUGUGUGGUGUGGUGUUGCAGGUGAAGCUGAUGCCUCCGGCGCCUAAUGAUGACCUGGCAUCUCUCAGUGAGCUCACAGACAGCAGCCUGCUCUACGAGAUGCAGAAACGCUUUGGCAACGACCAGAUAUAUACCUACAUCGGACACAUUCUCCUCCUGGUCAAUCCGAACAAAGACCUCCCCAUCUACUCUACACUGGUGAGUCAGUUGUAUCUGAGUUCUUCAGGGCGUUUGUGCUCCUCUCUGCCUCCUCACAUCUUCUCCUCAGCAGAGAGGGCCUACCACAUGAUGCUGCAGGAGCGACGCCCACAAUGCUUCAUCCUCAGUGGGGAGAGUGGUUCUGGGAAGACGGAGGCCUGUAAACACAUAGUGAGACACCUGGCAGUGAGGUCCAACCCCAAAGGCUUCUCUCUUGAGCCCAGGAUGAAGCACGUGAACUGUAUCCUGGAGGCGUUUGGUCAUGCCAGUACUCCUGUAAAUGACAACUCCAGUCGCUUCAUCAAACUCCUCAGCCUGCAGUACUGUGACAAGAGAAGGACACUACUCAGAGCGAGGAUAUACACAUACAUGCUAGAGAAGUCACGGGUGGUCCACCUGCCUAGUCAGCAACACAACUUCAACAUCUUCUACCUGAUGGCUGAAGGCUUGUCGCCUGAGGAGAAGUGUGCCCUGUACCUCAACAACGUCCUAACUCACAGGUACCUGACUGCAGGUGUUCCAGCAGUAGAUUCCCCUCCUGUGGCCACUGCCUCAACUCAGAGUAGAGACCGUCUCACUGCAAUCAAACAGGCCCUCAGAGCACUGGGCUUCAAUAAACUGGAAGUGGACAGUGUGUUUAUGCUGCUGUCAGCAGUGCUGCAUGUUGGGGACCUGUGCUUCACAGCCCUGACAGACGCUGAGAUAGCCUACCCCUCUGACCUGCAGCUGCUGGAGCGAGUGUCUGGAAUGCUACAGGUGUGUUCUGAUGACCUGAGUACUGCCCUCACCUCUGAUGUGCAGUACUUCAAAGGUGAUGUCAUCACACGCCGCCACACGGUGGAGAUGUCAGAGAACUCCAGAGACCAGCUGGCUAAGGCUGUGUACGGACGUCUCUUCAGCUUCCUAGUCAACAACAGUAACUACUACCUACAGGGACAGGACCACAGCACGGGAGAUCCAGCGCUUGAGAUUGGAAUCCUGGACAUCUUUGGAUUUGAGGAAUUCCAGAGUAAUGGAUUUGAGCAGCUGUGUGUGAACAUGACCAACGAGCGUGUGAGGCUGUACGUCUCAGAGGUGCUGUUCCAUCAGGAGCAGGCCGAGUGUCUACAGGAGGCCAUCGCCAUGGAGACGCUCCGGUCACCCAGCAACCAACCUGCUGUUCUAGACUUCUUCCUGAAGCCUCAGGGUCUGCUGUCUGUGAUGGAUGAGGAGAGCCAGUCGCUGAGACCUACAGAACAGACCCUCUACAAGAGACUGCAGUCACACCUCGACAACACACCCACACAUGGUAUCUCCUUGACAACCAAGGACGGCAAUGGCAACCCCCCGCCCAUAGACCAGGGUCCUGCCUUCACUGUGAAACACUACACAGGCCAAAUGGCCUAUGACCUCACAGGAACACUGGUGAAGAACAAGGACUCCCUCCCCCAGAACCUGCUUCUUGUUCUGAAGUCCAGUGAGAGUGUGUUGGUGCAGCAGUUGUUCAAGUCCAAGCUGACCCAGACUGGGUCUCUGGUACCGGGCCAGGCCAGAAUGGCUCUGAGAGGGACCAAAGCAGCCCUGCUCCUUCACAGGAUGUCAUCCCCCUCCAGCUUCUCCCCCGCAGGCCACGAGCCCCGGAGGUACCUGGACCUCACCAAGCUCUUGAAGAAGAAGGGAGCGACCUCUUUCCUGCAGAGGCUGGAGAGGUGUGGUCCAGUUACGGUCGCUGUGCAGCUGAGGAACUCUCUGUCAGAGGUGGUCAGUAAGCUACAGGCGUGCACCCCUCACUUUGUGGAGUGUGUACGUCCCAACAGCAGUGACAUGGCGGACAGCUUUGACAGUUGCCACGUGUCUACCCAGCUGCAGUACGUCGGGGUGCUGGAGAUGGUCCGGAUGAUCCGCUAUGGCUACCCUGUACGCCUGCCCUUCCACAGCUUCCUCACCAGGUACAGAGACCUAGUGGACACCACUCUAGCUGACAAGAAGAAGCUUUCAUCAGAGGAGAAAUGUUGCUUUGUUCUGCAGCAGUGCAAACUCCAAGGAUGGCAGAUGAGCAGCAAUAAGGUAUUUCUGAGGUACUGGCAAGCUGACCAGCUCAACGACCGCUGCCACCAACUACACAGGAAGAUCAUCAUCUGCCAGAAAGUGAUCCGUGGCUGGCUGGCCAGGCAGCGUGUGCGCCAUAGACUGUCGUCCCAGCCGACUGAGGACUGCAGUAUCCAGAGGUUCCUCCAGGGGGCAGAAGACCAGGGCCUAUGCACCUACGACCACCUGGUCAUCCAGAACGCCUCUGACAUCGCCCGCGAGAGCAACCACCAGCGCUGCCAUGGCAACGGGUCACACAGCAACAGUCCGCCCCUCGGUGAGAGGCCCGAGCCAGUUGGCGAAGAGGAGGACACCCCCAAAAGGGUUGUGGAGAAGAGGAGAAACCAAGACAGUUCUGUCAAUGGGGGGAGACGGAAUAUCCGCCACUUACGCUCCAGCUCAGUGCCCAUCCCCCUGGUUAUAGAGAACUUGGUACAUUCCAGCCAUGGCCCAUCCACCAGACCGGCCCUUCAACAGGCGGCCCAUACCACUGAGGAUGGGGGAGGCCUGGCAUCACCACGGAAACAGCCUCCCCCUAAACCCAAGCGGGACCCCAGCACUCGUCUGAGUGCGUCCUACGAGGCGGUCAGUGCCGGACUGACACUGGGACCCCCGAGAGAGAGCCCCACUCCUGAGGGCUAUGGGUCCCCUGCAGGGAGCCCCCCCAAAACACAGCUGUCACCUACGGAUGCUCUGUCCAAGCCGCGACCCCACAGUGAUGACUACACAACCAUGAGGAAGGUGCCUCCUCCAAAGCCCAAGAGGAACCCCAACACCAAGCUCACUGGCUCCUAUGAAGAGAUCAACGCUGCCGGCUUUAACCACCUCCAGCUCCGCCCCGCUGAUGUCAAACUGGCCCUGCUGUCCCGCACUGGAGGGCUAGGGGGUAUGGGGUGUCUGAGAGGGCUGAUACAGCGUGCAGCGUCUGUGGACGGCCCACAGGGGGCGACACUGAGCCUGCACCAUAACCAGGAUGAGGAGGAUGUGUACAUAGAGAUGGUGGGGGCUCAAGGCAGGAGUUACAGUCUGGGAGGGAGUUACCAGGACCCCCCCGACAGCCCUGAGCAGGGAGACACCGAGGCUGUCUAUGAGGAGAUGAAAUACUUCCUUCCCGAGGAGGCGGGACUUCCUGUGGGAGGGGCAGUUGCUGCCGCGAAGGCAGCUGGGAAGCUGGAGGCGUUAGGGUUGAUGUUAGGGGGGUUAGGGUUGGGCUUGUCUCCCUCUCAGAGUGGAGAGGGGAAGAGGGCAGGGCUGGGGGGUGUAUCUACUACCAUGGAGGCCCAAACAUCUGCCGCCGGAGGAAACAGCAUGCCCCCUCAUAGUAAAGAAGGCAGGUGUGACAUCCCUGCACCAUUCCCCAACCUGCUCACCCACCGCCCCCCUCUCCUGGUGUUCCCCCCCUCCCCUGUCACCUGUUCCCCUGCGUCUGACGAGUCGCCCCUCACCCCUCUGGAGGUGAAGAAGCUGCCUGUGUUUGAGUCCAACCUGAACUACGCCGGCCCAGACAGCCCCCUCUCACCUCAGUACUACCGCCAGCGCGCUGACUCCUCCCCCUCUCUUUCCGUCCUCCUCCCAGACAAGCCCAAUCCUCCCCUCACCCCUCCGCCUCCCCCUCCCCCGCCAAUGCCCUGCCCCCCCCCCUAUCGCCCCCCCUCCCACUUUCCCUUCCCCCCAGAGUCCAGCAUACUCUCCCUUACCCGGGCUGCUUCUAUCACAGGUGGGGGCGGCUUGGAAUCUCCCAAGCCCUCCUACGCCUCCUCGUCUCAUAGGGCUGCGGGGGACAAGCCCCCUCCCUACUCUCCGGCCAAGUCCACCCGCCCAGAGCCACGCCGUGCCCACUCCUGCUCAUCCUCGCCCCUGCUGUUCAACCCAGCCAACGGGAGACCCCUGACCAGCCCUCAGCCAGCCCUGGAUGAGCUCAACACCCUGUUCAGCUCUGGACGCAGCCUGCUCAAGAAGACCACUACAGGACGCAAGAUGAGGGAGGGAGGGUUCAACUCCAACAUCAACCUGCCAGGGAGAGAUGAGCACCCAGGCUCCACCCCCUCCUCCCCAUCUCCACAGCUACAGGACAAGAACGCCAACAACCACGCCCCCCACCCACCAAGCCACACCCCCGUAGAGAAUGGCAACCGACUGUCUAAUGGUUCAAUGGAAGAUGAGGGUCACAUCAAGUCAAACUCCUCCAGCUCAUCGUCUCUGCACAGACAUAUGGACAGACAUCACACCCAGAGGGGUCAUCUCAACUUCUCACCCUUCGGUGCAGGGGCUGCGCUCUAAGGCAGGGGACGCUGGGAGCACCCCUCACGUUUAGGGACGAGGUGAUCCAACAUCUGCGUGGGUGUGGAGGAAACGCGGGUGCUGACCUGGGGGAGGGGCGGGCUGACUGGAGGACCCAACGGGACACCAACGGAACACUACGAAACCCGGACAGUACGCUGGCCUGGGCCAAUAGGAGGUCCUCUCCAUAGUGGAAGAAUGACCGACCGACCACCCCUCUCCUCUCCUCACACAUCCUCUCCUGUCUACACCCUGCCUCCUGCCCCUCCCUCCUGCCCAGGUCUGCCACCCCAUUGGGCAAAGGACAGGUCCAUCAGAGAGUUAGACAAUGCAUAAGAUAAGACAAUCCAACCGACAAGAGCAUUUACAAAGAAAGGAGGGAGAAAUGGAAUUAGAGCAGCAAUCACAUUCCAUGUCCCUCCUUCCUCUCUCUCUCUGUCUCUCUCUCUGUCUCUCUCUCUCUGUCUCUCAGACUCUCUCUCUCUCUCUCUCUCUCUCUCUCUCUCUCGCUCUCUCAUCUGAUAGUAGGAGGGGGCUUGGCGUGACAGAGCAGGGAUUGCAGAAGUUCUGUGAACAGGGACUCUUCUCCAGCUCAGAACCCAGAGAGGGAGCCUCAUCAUUGGGCUAGAUCUGUGCCUAUGUGCAGAACAGAGCAUGUGUAUACCCCCUGUACAUAUCCUCUGUUGAAUCUCACUGGUCUGGUGUUCAGAACAGUCACCAUCUCUAGGACCAGGAAGUUUUCCAGAUCAUGUGAUCUGAGCAGGUAAAACUCCUGUCUAGUCCUCUGAACUCCUUCAGGUAUCAGCUACCGCUUUAGCCUCGCACAGGCAACUAGGUGCUUCAGGUGCUUCUGUAACCCUGGCAACAAUAGAUCAGAGGUCAAGGAAACCCCAAGGUGCACUUCUUUCACCCCCUGCUAGCCACCAGCCUUUCGCUUUAGCACAAAACUGUAUGGAAGAGCCACAACAAACACCAUACUGAGUGCAGAUAUGUACUGCCCCCACUGGCCCAGUGAUGGAUACUAAUCCCAGAAAACACGCUAAAAGUAUUACUGACUAGACAACACAAAAGCAAAGCUGUUUUGACAACGAUGGGGAUAAUAGCUAGUUCAUGUAGAAAGAAUGCCAUUGGUCAGAUUGUAUCAAUGUUCUGUAAAGUUUUUACUGGCCUUAGUGCCAUAUAACAGGAGGCCAGUCAUACUCAGCUACAGAUAAUGUAUUUUACUGAUGAGUUAAUGUGUAAAGCACACAAACAGACUGAAUAGGGAACAGUGUAGAUGACCAACACACAACUAUCUCUGGCAGUCCCUCAAUGUACUUCUUAUCUAGAUUUAUUUGACAAACAUCUCAUAGAAAUAAACUGUAGUUUCUUCAUAUUAGUACUUUCUUCAUAUUAGUUUCCCAUUAGUGGCACCUGAAUCGUUUGAUGUGUUGCAUCUUAUGUAAAACAAUGUUAGGAGUCUACAAGUUUCUGUAGAAUUCAAGGCUGCAACUCAAGCACAACUGAGUUCUCAAGUAAAGCUACCCUCAACCUCCUCAUUCCCCCACCCUGUCUCCGCAUUACCCUCCCAACCUCAAUAAUAUCCCAUCACCGCCUCCAGGAUGCUGUAGGGGUUAGAGGGCGUUGCCAGGGUAACCUCCCUGUAAAUAAUGGCUGACAUUUAAUGUGGUUUUGACUAGUUAAUGUCCAAAUGUUUUAUUUACUAUAGCAGAAGAGCACAGAAAUGGAAAGAGAAAAUUGUCUAUAUGGAAGAUAGUUUCAUGCAAUGACUGAGGCAAAGAGCAGAGGUUUAUUUUAUAAUGUGAAUACCUUUUUUUUGCCAUAUGAUUGCCUAUUGAUAUGAAACUUCUUUAUACUGUAUUUAUCUUGUGUGUUUGUUUGUUUCCCUGUGACUCCAUUGUAAAACUGUUCCAGUGGAGAAAGA